AUGGCAGACACAAAUACAGCGCUCGAACAUCGUUCAGAGCGAGAUAUACGUUCUCCAGACAUGGAAUACAACUCAUCGGUUGAGGAUUUCCGAGAAUACGAGUAUCCCAACAUGGCACAAGGGGCUUAUCUUGAUCAUGGAGGAGCUACCAUAUAUGCGCGAUCACUUAUAACCGGCUUCUCCCAAGCAAUGAUUGGUAACCUCUGGGGCAAUCCGCACUCAGAGAAUCUCCCGGCAAAGCUGUCGGGUGAUAUGGUGGAUAAUAUCCGUGCAAAAGCUCUUGAUUUCGUUGGUGCUGAUCCAAAGUAUUUCGACCUGGUCUUCGUCGCCAAUGCCACGUCUGCUAUCAAGCUAGUUGCUGACGCGUUUCGGGACAUCGGAGAGAAGACCCCGACCAAAGGUUUCUGGUAUGGAUGUCACAAGGAAGCCCACACGAGUAUUAUCGGGGUUCGCGCACUUACGUCAGGGGACUAUCAUUGUUUCGAAGAUGAUGAGAGUGUUGAAGAAUGGAUCUCGCGGCCUUUCAGCUGCCAGUCCCGAAGUGGAAAAUCGACCAGUCUGGGCUUGUUCGCAUACCCAGGCCAGUCGAAUCUAAGUGGACGCCGGUUGCCACAGGACUGGUCGAAAAGAAUACGGCAACACCCUCAGCUUCGAAAUGUUUAUACCCUUUUCGAUGCUGCGGCUCUCGCUAUGACUAGCUCCCUCAGCUCCCUGUUCCACGAUCCGAUUGAUGCACCCGACUUCACUUGCCUUUCGUUUUACAAGAUAUUUGGUUUCCCUGAUUUGGGAGCAUUGGUUGUCAGGAGGGCAUCAGGACAUAUACUGAACCUGAGGAGAUAUUUUGGCGGAGGAACAAUUGCUCAGUUAUCCCCCUCAAAAGAUUCUCGGGUUAUGAAGAAAGUUCCCGGGCUGGGGGAUAUGCACAAAAUAUGGGAUAUACAUGAAGGUGUCGAGGAUGGCACACUGCCAUUUCACAGUAUCUUGGCGCUUGGAGUAGCUAUUGAUACACACCUAAGGCUUUACGGCUCAAUGGAUAUGAUAUCCCGUCAUUGCUGUUAUCUCGCUCGCUACUUAUAUGAGCGUCUCGUGGAACUGAAGCACCGAAACGGAUCUCCGUUGAUCGAGCUAUAUGUUGAUAGCCCAUUCAUGUAUGGCGAUCCUUCACUUCAAGGGCCAACUUUUGCCUUCAGCAUUAUGAAAGAAGAUGGCCAAUAUAUCCCCUGGACGGAAGUAGAGAAGCUUGCCAAUAGUGCUGGAGUAUACAUACGAGCAGGAGGUAAGGAAUUCAUCUGGAUUCGUGUCAACAUUGCUGACGAUUAUGCUUCAGGCGUUUGCUGCCCUGGUGGUGUCGCUAAAGCCUUGGACUAUGAGGACUGGGAAUGGGACAGGAUCUUCUCAAGCGGACACGCCUGUGGUUCGAGUGAGAUGGCAGUCAUUCAUAAUAAGCCAACAGGAAUCGUUCGCGCGAGUCUCGGUCCCAUGACGACGAAGCGAGAUAUACAGGCCUUAAUAUCAUUUUUUUCCAACGAGUUCCUCACAAAAAGCGCACCAAUACCACGGUUACUCGGAACAGCAAAGGAUUUACCGCUACGGGAGAAGUUCCCCUAUCUCACAUCCGAAAAGGAGUUUAGUGAGCGCGACCUUGUAUAUGGGCGUUAA